CGGGCUCGAACCCUAAACCCCCCCGGCCCACCACGUGAUUCCCAGUAAUUACCAAAAUGCCACUCUUCUUCUCCAAAUUGGCACCACUGGUCCCCCGCUUCCGCCGCCUUUCCACGGCGGCGGCGACCGCCGCCGGCGAGGACCCUAAGCUGUCGCGGAUCGCGGACGAGCUCCUCGCCCUCUCCCCAGCCGAACUGGACGACUACGCCGCGCUCCUGCGCCUCAAGCUCCGCCUCUCGCUCACCUCCAGCGCGGCCGCCGGUGGCGCCUCUUCGGCCGGGGCCGGGGACGCUUCCGCGGGACCCGAGGAGGCCGCCGCGGCGGUGAAGACGGCGUUCGACGUGAAGAUCGAGAAGUACGAGGCCGCGGCGAAGAUCAAGAUCAUCAAGGAGGUGCGCGCGGUGACGGACCUGGGUCUGAAGGAGGCGAAGGAGCUGGUGGAGAAGGCGCCCGUCGUGGUUCGCACGGGGUUGCCCAAGGAGGAGGCCGAGGCGCUCGCGGCCAAGCUCAAGGCCGCCGGCGCCGCCGUAGCACUCGAGUGAUCCCACCAAGCGGUCGGGCAGGGGUAUUGCGUUCUUGUAGCUUUUGUCCAACCUCAAGCUUAAUCACUGAUAUGAGUGAUAGAUUUGUCCGGAAUCACACGAUAAGUUCUUCCUGCACUAUGCUUUAUAUUACUAGCCUGGAUUGGUUUGAACAGCCAGCCUUGUGUAGUUGUUGGUGGUGUUACUGUAUAAGGUGACUAGAAUAUGCUAGUUUGAAUUAUUUGUUCAUUUCGAGUGGUGCUCAAGUGAAAUGCCUCCAUUCUCUUUGUUUUGGUGCAUGACACUAUUUGUGAUUGUAUUAUUAAAGGUAAAGCUUAUGUUC